GUUGUUUUUGUUUUGUUUAAUCACGUGACGUGUCCGGAAGCGGUGGGAAAACUUUUUGACAACAUUUCAACAACUACAAAAUAUUCCUUUAUUUGGGACAUAAAGUGGCGACCGGUCAAGGGUGUAGACGGCCUCUCGCCCAGUCAAGCGGGGGUGUGACGAGCGCAAAAAGAGAAGAAUUCCAAAAAAUGGCUCAUCUAGUUUCUGUGGGACCAACUAUCAUGAAAACUUUUCAUGAAGUCACACCCGGCUGUUGUUGUUCAUGUUUUUGUUGAUUCCCAGGGAUAAUGUCGACAAGCCUGCAGGUUUCGGCCCCGUUUUUCCAAAAAGGGGGACACCACCACCCCCCACCCCCCCAAAAAAAAAAAAAAGUUUGGGAACCACUGAGCUAAAGGGACAAGGCGGAAUAAAAACCCCAAACAUUUUCUGCUCUACUCGAAAAAUGAAAUCGGCCCGCCUCUUAUUUUAUUUGGUUGACGAUGCAUUAAAAUAAUCAAAUAAAAGGAGGCUGAAGAUAGCGGUGAUUGGCCCCGUCACGCUUGUGAGGAUAAGAGGCUCAUGGGCAUCCACUGAUCGAAAAAAAAAAAAAAAACAUAAAAAAAAAAGACUGGAAAGCUCAUUGGCCACCAAAGCUGAAGCCAUCUUGAUCCUCCCAAAACAAGCAUGCCGACCUGUGCACUGAUUAACUGUGUUAAUCGCCAAUUUCGUGGCCGUGAGAAAACGUUCCACAGCAGGUGCAUCUCGAUGACGGCGUGAAUUUUUAUCCAGUCAGCGUCCUCGGUGAGAGAAGAUGGGCGCGCGCCGCGUCGGCGCCGUUCCCCUCCUGGCGCUCUUGCUGUGGUCCGCCGCUCCGACGGCGCCGUCUCGAGCCGACAGCGUGCCGACCUUCGUCAAGUCGCCGGACGACCAGACUGGCAUCUCGGGGGGCGUGGCCUCGUUCGUGUGCCGGGCGCUGGGCGAGCCCAGGCCGCGCAUCACCUGGAUGAAGAAGGGCAAGAAAGUCAGCUCGCAGCGAUUUGAGGUGACGGAGUUCGACGACGGCUCGGGUUCGGUUUUACGCAUCCAGCCGCUGAGGACGCACCGCGACGAGGCCGUCUACGAGUGCACCGCUGCCAACAGCCUGGGAGAGAUCAGCACCAGCGCCAAACUCACCGUACUGGAAGAGGAGCAGAUCCCUCACGGCUUCCCGAGCAUCGACAUGGGACCUCAGCUGAAGGUGGUGGAGAGGACACGCACGGCCACCAUGUUGUGCGCCGCCAGCGGGGACCCGGAUCCCGAGAUCUUCUGGCUCAAGGACUUCCUGCCCGUGGACAUCGAAAGCAGCAACGGACGCAUCAAGCAGCUGCGCUCAGGCGCUCUCCAGAUCGAGAACAGCGACGAGUCGGACCAGGGCAAGUACGAAUGCGUGGCCGUCAACUCGGCCGGGACCAGAUACUCGGCCCCGGCGAACCUCUACGUUCGAGUUCGCCGGGUGCCGCCACGUUUCUCCAUCCCGCCGUCGCACCACGAGGUGAUGCCCGGGGGCGGCGUCAACCUGACGUGCGUGGCGGUGGGCGCGCCCAUGCCCUACGUCAAGUGGAUGAGCGGCCAGGCCGAGCUGACCCGCGAGGAGGAGACGCCCGUCGGGCGCAACGUGCUGGAGCUGGCCGACAUCCGACGCUCGGCCAACUACACCUGCGUGGCCGUCUCCUCGCUGGGCGUCAUCCAGACCACCGCGCAGAUCACCGUCAAAGAUGCCCCGCCCCCUUCGCCCACAGCCCUACCCGAGCCCCCCACCUCCCUCACGGUGACCGAGACCACCGCCACCAGCGUGACCCUAACGUGGGAGUCGGGCACCCCGGAGCCCGUGUCCUACUACGUGAUCCAGUACCGGGCCAAGGCGUCGGACGAGGGCUUCCGGGAGGUGGACGGCGUGGCCACCACCCGCUACAGCAUCGGCGGUCUCAGCCCCUUUUCCCAAUAUGACUUCCGGGUGAUGGCGGUCAACAACGUGGGUCGGGGGCCGCCCGGGGCCGCGGUGGACACGCGCACCGGCGAGCAGGCGCCCUCCUCGCCCCCUCUCCGCGUGCAGGCCCGGAUGCUGAGCCCCACGACCGCGCUGGUCCAGUGGGAGCCCCCCGAAGAAGCCAACGGCCGAGUCCGGGGCUACCGGGUCUACUACGGCGCCGACCCCCGGGCCCCGCUCGCCGCCUGGAGCCAACACAGCGCGGGCGACGUGCGGCUGGCCACCCUGGCCGGACUCGCUCCGGACGUCACCUACGGCCUGAGGGUUCUGGCCUUCACCUCGGUGGGUGACGGACCCCCGUCCGACGUCCUGCUCUUCAAGACGCAGCAAGGGGUUCCGGCUCAGCCGUCCGACUUGGAGGCCGAGGCCGAGCUGGACUCGCGCGUGGUGCUGAGGUGGCUCUGGCCGGUCCAGGACCCGAUCGUGGGCUACGAGCUGCUCUACUGGGAGGCCGACGCGCCCCAGGAGAAGAGCCGCGUGACCUUUGAGCCCAGCGGAUCGUACGCCGCGGAGGGUUUGAAAGCCGACACCGCCUACGUGUUCACGCUGGCCGCCCGGUCCGAGACGGGCUUGGGAGUCUUCAGCGGGCCCGUCGAGGCCAGGACCGCCCCGUCCACCCCCUCGGCGCCCCCCCGAGACGUCCGUCUGCUGAGCCUGAGCUCCACCAGCGUGCAAGUCAGUUGGGAGCCGCCGGCCGCCGCCCCCGGGCCCCGCGACGCCGCCGUCACCGGCUACUCCCUGGCCUACCGCGCGUUGGCCGAGGAGGACGCGCAACGCCACCAGGUGACGGGCGUCGGGCCCGACGUGCGCAGCUUCGUGCUGGAGGGUCUGGAAAAGUGGACGGAAUAUUCCGUGUGGGUGCGAGCGCUCACCGACGUCGGGCCCGGACCGGAGAGUCCUCCGGCCGUCGCCAGGACCCGAGAAGACGUGCCGGGAGCGCCGCCCAGGAAGGUGGAGGCGGACGCCGUCAACUCCACGGCGGUGCGGGUCAGCUGGAAGCCGCCGCCGUCGCCCCAGCACAACGGGCACAUCCGAGGCUACCAGAUCGUCUACUCCCGGGCGGAGAAAGGCGAGCCUCGCGGCCAGCCGCUCGUCGUGGACGUCGCCCGGCCCGACGCUCAGGAAGCCGUCGUGACGGGCCUGCUGCCGGAGACCAGCUACUCGCUGACGGUGGCGGCGUACACCACCAAGGGGGACGGCGCCCACAGCAAGGCCCGGCUGGUCACCACCACGGGCGCAGUACCAGGCAAGCCCACCAUGAUGAUCAGCACGACCAUCGGCAACACGGCGCUGAUCCAAUGGCAGCCGCCCAAGGAGACGGCGGGCGAGCACGUGGGCUACCGGCUGCAGUACAAGCGGGCCGAGGACGAGGCCUUCGCCGUCAGAGACUUCCGCAAGACCGACGAUCACUUCACUGUCACCGGCCUCCACAAGGGGGCCACCUACAUCUUCAAACUGUGCGCCAAGAACCGGGCGGGCAACGGUGAGGAGUACGUGAAGGAGAUCAGCACCCCAGAGGAUGCCCCCGCCAGUUAUCCCCUCAACCUGAGCGUGUCGGGCUUGACCGCCACCACCACCCAACUGUCGUGGGACCCGCCGCCGCUGGCCGAGCGCAACGGGAAGAUCGUCAAGUACGUGGUGGUGUACCGCGACAUCAACAGCCAGAACGAGAGCUCCGACACCACGGACGAAACGCACCUGAGCCUGGGCGGCCUGCGGCCGGACACCACCUACGACGUCCGUGUGCAGGCCUUCACCGCCAAGGGCGGGGGACCCCUCAGCCCCAGCAUCCAGAGCAGGACCAUGUCCACCGCCAUGCCGGCGUUCACCCAAAACUUCGGCGUGAAUGCGGUGACGAGAACGUCCGUGCUGCUGACCUGGGAUGUUCCCGAGACCUUUGACUCGGAGGUGCCCCUUAAGAUCCUCUACAACCAGCAGAGCGUGGAGGUGGCUGGCGAACGCAAGAGGAUGCUCAUCACGCGGCUCUCGCCCGACACCGAGUACUCCUUUGUGCUGAUGAGCCGCGGGAACAGCGCCGGCGGCCUCCAGCAGCAGGUUUCCGUCCGGACCGCUCCGGACCUGCUCCUGAACGAACCUUCGGAGUAUCUGCAGGACGCGGAGGAGGGCGGGAAAGUCACACUGCGGCUGCCUCGGGUUCCGCCAGAAGCCCCAGUCAGGUGGUUCUACAUUGUGGUUGUCCCCGUCGCCCCGGAGUCCCUCAAGUGGGAGAAUCCUGAAGACAUGGACCUCCAAGAGCUCUUGGACGGCGAGGGCGACGCCCGGAGGAAGAGGAGGCAGACGGAGGGCGGCUUCCUUCGGCCGUACGUGGCGGCCAAGCUGGACUCGCUUCCUGACAUUUUCACGCUGGGCGACGGCCACGCCUACCACGGCUUCCGCAACAAAGCGUUGCCGGGGCAACGGCACUACCGCUGCUUCGUGCUGGUCGAGCUGACGAACGGCGAGUCUCACAGGACCCUGGCGGCCAGUCCGUUCUCGCAAGCCGUCCUGGCGAAGCUCCACAGCGGCGUGGUGCGCCACUCCGAGGACCCCGAGAUGCUUUGGGUGAUGGGACCCGUGCUGGCCGUCGUCGUCAUCGUCGUCAUCGUCAUCGCCAUUCUGCUCUUCAAGAGGAAGCGAACGUGUCCGUCGCCCAAAGACGAGCGCACGGCGGACGCGAAGGACUCGCUGCUGGCCGCCGCGUCCGACCCCGUGGAGAUGAGGAGGCUCACCUGUCAGAACCGAGGCACGCGCGCACGCUCUUGCUUUCGGACCAGGUCCAAAUUGCCACCUGGCAUCCGGCCCGCUGAGCCAUCGGUGGGUGACGCUUUGCCCUCCUCCCCGACAGGUGGCGCCACCCCGGGCUGUCCGACCGCACCCAGAACGCGUCAGCAUCCUGCCAUCGCCGCCCGCGACCUGGCCGAGCACAUCGAGCGACUCAAGGCCGACGACGGCCUGCGCUUCUCGCAGGAGUACGAGGUCGGACGUGCAAACCCAACGCCCGCGCAGAAACGCCCGCACCUUCUCGCCCCAAGUGUGAAUCGUAUUGCGUCCAUCGACCCCGGUCAGCAGUUCACGUGGGAACAUUCCAACAUGGAGAUCAACAAGCCCAAGAACCGCUACGCCAACGUCAUCGCCUACGACCACUCCAGAGUCCUCCUCACCCCCGUGGACGGAGUUCCGGGCAGCGACUACAUCAACGCCAACUACGUGGACGGCUACAGGAAGCAGAACGCCUACAUCGCCACGCAGGGACCGCUGCCCGACACGCUCGGAGACUUCUGGAGGCUCGUGUGGGAACAACGCGCCAGCACCGUCGUCAUGAUGACGCGUCUGGAGGAGAAGUCGCGAGUCAAGUGCGAGCAGUACUGGCCCAGUCGUGGUACUGAAACGUACGGCACGAUCCAGGUGACGCUGUUGGACGCUGUGGACUUGGCCACCUACAGCCUCCGCACUUUCGCGCUCUACAAGAACGGUUCAAGCGAGAGGAGGGAGGUGCGGCAGUUCCAGUUCAUGGCCUGGCCCGACCACGGCGUGCCGGAGUAUCCCACCCCCACGCUGGCCUUCCUGCGCAGGGUCAAAGCCUGCAACCCCCCGGACGCCGGACCCGUGGUGGUCCACUGCAGCGCCGGGGUGGGCCGCACGGGCUGCUUCAUGGUGAUCGACGCCAUGCUGGAGCGCAUGAAGCACGAGCAUUCGGUGGACGUGUACGGACACGUCACCUGCAUGAGGGCCCAGAGGAACUACAUGGUCCAGACCGAGGACCAGUACGUGUUCAUCCACGAGGCCCUGCUGGAGGCCGCCGUCUACGGGAACACCGAGGUGGCCGCCCGAAACCUCUACGCCCACGUGCACAAGCUCAGCCAAGUGCCGCCCGGGGAGAGCGUCACCGCAAUGGAGCUGGAGUUUAAGAAGUUGGCCAACUGCAAAGCACAAAGCUCGCGUUUCAUCAGCGCCAACCUGCCGUGCAACAAGUUCAAGAACCGGCUGGUGAACGUCAUGCCUUUCGAGUCCGGCCGCGUCCGCCUGCAGCCCGUCCGAGGCGUGGAGGGCUCCGACUACAUCAACGCCAGCUUCGUCGACGGCUACAGGCUGCAGAGAGCCUACGUGGCCACCCAGGGCCCCUUGGCCGAAACCGCCGAGGACUUCUGGAGGAUGCUGUGGGAGCACAACUCCACCAUCAUCGUCAUGCUCACCAAACUGCGCGAGAUGGGACGGGAAAAGUGCCACCAGUACUGGCCCGCGGAGCGCUCAGCCCGCUACCAGUACUUUGUGGUGGACCCCAUGGCCGAGUACAACAUGCCGCAGUACAUCCUGAGGGAAUUCAAAGUGACUGACGCCAGGGUACGUGGCGACCGUCGCUCUUCCGUCUUCGCGCUAGCCGCGCCGUUAGCCACGGGUCGCGAGCGUUCGUCCGUCCUUGUCCGUCAGGACGGCCAGUCGAGAACCAUCAGGCAGUUCCAGUUCAGCGACUGGCCCGAGCAGGGAGUGCCCAAGAGCGGGGAAGGCUUCAUAGACUUCAUCGGACAAGUCCACAAAACCAAGGAGCAGUUCGGCCAGGACGGACCCAUCACUGUGCACUGCAGCGCCGGCGUCGGGCGCAGCGGCGUCUUCAUCACGCUGAGCAUCGUCCUGGAGAGGAUGAGGUACGAAGGCGCGGUCGACAUCUUCCACACGGUCAAGACCCUCAGGACCCAGCGGCCCGCCAUGGUGCAGACCGAGGACCAGUACCAGCUGUGCUACCGGGCCGCUCUGGAGUACCUGGGAAGCUUUGACCACUACGCGACAUAACGGCAACCCCGAAGACCAACCUCGUGCCAACCGGGGGGGUUGCCUGACCGACUCCCGACUCGCGCCAAACUAUCGGCGACCCCUCCCGGAACACCCCCCCCCAAAAAAAAACACCCGUGGCUCCUUCGUUGAUCUUGUACAAAUGAUUUUCUAGCAAUAUCUAUUCAUCUUUUCAUUUUCAAUAAGCACUGCUGAGGACAGGAUGUUUUUUUUCCCGACAUGCUCCCGCAUAUUAUGACGAUGACUUUUAUUAGUAAUAUUCACCUGCUGCUACUUUGCUUUUCCACCACAGACAUGAUACUCCAAUGUUAUUAUUAUUGUGAUUUUUUUAGGGUUAGGGGGGGAGGUCUGAACGUUUUUGACGACGUUUAUUUUUGGGGUGUCCUCACUCCCUCACAAUGGACCAAAUAUGAGCUUUACGGCUCUGAAAAGCUCAACAGGAAGUGGAGUCACUCGGAAGUCUGCGUACACUUCCUGUUUGUUAUACCUGCACUGUGGUCAAGUGUAGCUUGUGAUUCAGUAUUGGGAUUUUCCAAAUCAUAGUUUAGUUAUUUUUUUUUUUUUUGGGGGGGGGGAUAUGACGGCGCUUCAGUCAUCUGUGGAUGAGGGGAGAUGCAUUAUGGUCAGUCAAAAAAAAAAGAUAUAUUUUAUGUUGUCUCUUGCAUAUUGUGAUCUCUUCUCUAUUUUGAAAUAAAAAAAGAUGGAACAUUCCAUUGCACUUGGAUUUCAAUUUUUUUUUGUUGUCAUUGCC